AUGAAUCAAUCGACGGAUCUCCUCGUCGCUGACACCACUGCUCCCAGUUUUCCUCACCAACAAGCUUGGGAGUGGUUGAAAGAGAACGUGAAAUGGGAAUUUAUUGCAAAAGCGGGUGAAGAAUCCCAACCUCCUUCUUCAAAACGAACCAAAACAUCUUCAUCCAAUGCCUACACAUCAUCAUCUGAUCCAAAGUAUCCUCCUGACAGUCGUUUAGUGUUGAAGACUCACCACCUCAGAGAAAAAGAAAAGGAAAGAAAUCAGCAUCGACAUCAUCACCAGAAAAUGAAAUGUUUGAUCUUGUCAAACAAAUUGCCGACAUCAAGACUGCAACCGAAACAGAGGCGGAACAGAGACAAUGAUACUGGGAACAAAAAUUGCACAUUCUCGAAGCUAAUAAACAAUGAAAAGCUCAACUAUUGGAUCAAGAGAUAG